AUGGAAGAUGGCAUGUCAGGGUUUUGUAUCAGACCAGGAAGUUUUCGGAGAGGUGAUAGUAACGGGAAUAGUGGAAGUAGUGGAACUAAGUGUGGGCGUUGGAAUCCGACAACAGAACAGGUUAAGCUUCUUACUGAUUUGUUCAUGUCUGGACUGAGAACCCCAAGCACUGAUCAGAUUCAGAAGAUCUCCACUGAGCUUAGCUAUUAUGGCAAGAUCGAGAGCAAGAAUGUGUUUUAUUGGUUUCAGAAUCAUAAAGCCAGGGAAAGACAGAAGCGUCGCAAGGUCUCAUUCCACGACAAGGAUCUCAGUAACAUUGGCCGUCAAAACUCUCUGUCAUCUCCCGCACACAAUUUUGCAGAGGCGGAUCAAGGUCAAGAGCCAGAGAGAGUGAUAGAGACUCUUCAACUGUUUCCCUUGAACUCCCUUGGUGAAUCAGAAGCAGAGAAACUGAGGGCACAAGCGAAUAGAUAUGGGGAUGAUAGUAGCAUGUUUCAGUCCUCAAUGGCAGAAAAUAUGGAUAGCCCAGCAUUAGAUUUGCGCUUAAGCUUUCUGUAA